AUGGCCUCUAUGACAGGUCAGCAGUAUGUAGCUGGCGCGCUGGAUCAUAGGUACGAGUACGUGCCGGAGGCGGACGCAUGGCUGCGCCUGCACAUCGUGCCCGCUAACUGGAAGAACGCGUUCCGCCGAUGCCAGCUUGAAGGCGGAGUUUUAGCCUCUCCUUCUUCCCAUGCCCUGGCGAAAGCCAUGCUGGCUAUCAUGACGGAAUACAAGGUCAACUCGCGCAGUGUGUUCACCGGCAUCAAUGCCCUCGUCUCUGAGGGUGACUACAUUUCGCUGGAUGGGGUUCCUCUAUCUGAUAUAAAUCUAGACUGGGCCCAGGGCGAGCCUUCCGCCCAGGACGAUCCCAACGACCCAGACGAGAGUGAGAGGUGCGUGGUGCUGAACGGAUCAGCGGAAGCAUCUGACGUGAGCUGCAACACCAAGCACCCCUACUUCUGCCGUAAAGAGAACUCCUCUAUGGCUAACUACCAAGACUGUCACACUAGUGCUGUUGGUUACCAAUAUGAACCCCGAACAUCCAGCUGUUACAAGUUUCACUCCAAUGCUAAAAUGUGGCAUGAAGCCGCCAAAGUGUGCCAUUCUGAGGGAGGUCAUCUUGUCAUCGUCAACAGUGAUGUCGAAGCUGAAGUGCUCAAGGAAAUUUUCGCGAAGAAUCCCGCAAAAACUGUUACUGGGGCAAAACAUGAUGACGUCGCUUUUGUUGGUUUCUGGAAAUGGGGUGAUAACAAGGAUGGCAAUUGGCUGACUAUUUAUGGACAACCGAUCUCUGAGGCCGGGUUCGCCAAGUGGGGUAAGGGCCAGCCCAACAACUAUAACGGCGUCCAGCACUGGGGCUCCAUACAACGCUCUGGCCUGUUCGAUGACAUCGCGCAUUACGAUCGGGAUCCAUUCUUCUGCGAAAUAAAUCUUGAAAAGAAAUAUUAA